AUGAGCUUUAUUCUACAAACAUUUCUAGACAUCUUCGGCGCGGCCUUUCACAUCUUUACUGCAAACUAUUUUCGACAAGAGCUCCCCGCUCCAGACCUCUCCUCGCAAAAGAUGAAGCACAUUGUCAUCAUUGGUGGCGGCUUUGCCGGUGUCAGCACCGCCCACCGCUUCCUCAAGAACGUCGGCAAGAGCACUACGGCGCCCUACAAGGUCACACUCGUGUCGCGCGACAGCCACUUCUUCUGGAACAUCGCGGCACCGCGCGGCAUCAUCCCCGGCCAGAUCCCCGAGGAGAAGCUCUUCCAGCCCAUUGCCGAGGGCUUCUCCCAGUACGGCCCCGACAAGUUCGAGUUCGUCCUCGGUACUGCGACCGACCUCGACGUUGGCGGCAAGACCCUCGUGGUCGAUGUUGACGGCAAGGCAACCAGGAUUAGCUACGACUACCUCAUCAUUGGCAGCGGCUCGCGAACAAAGAUUCCCGGACCCUUCAAGUCGGACGGCUCUACAGACGGGGUUAAACAGACCAUACACGAUUUCCAGGAGCGUGUCAAGGCUGCCAAGACAAUCGUGGUUGUCGGUGCAGGCCCAACUGGUGUCGAGACAGCUGGCGAGUUGGCAUUCGAAUAUGGAACUAGCAAGAAGAUCAUUCUUAUCUCUGGCGGACCUACUGUCCUCGAAAACCGACCAGCAAGUGUUACCAAGACCGCGUUGAAGCAGCUCGAGACACUCAAUGUGGACGUCAGAGUCAACACCAAAGCCAAGGAUCCGGUGACGCUGCCCGAUGGCAAGAAGGAGCUGACUCUCUCGGGCGGCGAGAAGCUCGUGGUUGACCUAUACAUCCCCACCUUUGGAGUGCUCCCCAAUUCCUCAUUUGUGCCGUCGCAAUACCUCGACAGUAAUGGCUUUGUCCAGGUCGACCAAUACUUCCAGGUCAAGGGCGCCGAAGGUGUUUUUGCCAUUGGUGACGUGAGUGAUUCGGAAGCUCCUCAAUUCUGGUUCGUCGAGAAGCAGUCCGUCCACAUUGCCAAGAACUUGAUCCUUUCUCUGAGCGGCAAGGCUCCAACCCCUUACAAGGCCUCCGCUACUGGUAUGAUGGGUCUGCAGAUUGGCAAGAAUUCAGGCACGGGCCACUUUGGCAACUUCAAGCUGCCAGGUUUCCUUGUCAAAACUAUCCGCAAGACGCUCUUCGUUGAGAACCUUCCCAAAACCGUCGACGGAUCGAUGCUGUGA